UCAUCCAAUCCCAAUUCUCUGUGAACUUUCUAGAAUCUCGUUCUUCCUUUCUUCUCUCAGAUUCCCCCUUUGCCUCCUUCUUCAACCCCUUUUCUUUCUCUCUCUGUCUUUCGCACUUUCAUUCUCUCUUAAAAAUCUAAAUCCCCUUUGGUCUUCAUCUUUGCCUCUGACCCAGUUUAGGUAUGGCUUCGAAACGCAUCCUGAAGGAGCUCAAGGAUUUGCAGAAGGAUCCUCCUACGUCAUGCAGCGCAGGUCCUGUGGCUGAAGACAUGUUUCACUGGCAAGCCACAAUCAUGGGACCUGCUGAUAGCCCAUAUGCAGGUGGUGUUUUCUUAGUUUCAAUUCAUUUUCCUCCUGACUAUCCCUUCAAGCCACCAAAGGUUGCUUUUCGGACUAAGGUGUUCCACCCAAACAUCAACAGCAAUGGCAGUAUAUGUCUUGACAUUCUCAAGGAACAAUGGAGCCCAGCUCUAACCAUUUCCAAGGUCCUUUUGUCAAUUUGCUCAUUGUUGACGGAUCCCAACCCUGAUGAUCCACUUGUACCUGAGAUUGCACACAUGUACAAGACCGACAGGGCCAAGUAUGAGGCUACAGCCCGCAGCUGGACCCAGAAGUAUGCCAUGGGAUGACCGUAUUGAGUUUUUAGCUGUUCAAUGAAGCUGCAAAAUCAUAAUUUAUGUAAAAGAACAAAAGAUAUUUUGAACGGAAUUUGAAUGCUUUCUUUUAUUAUUAGUGAAACUCCACAAUGGUAAGAAGAGACCCGGUUGCCAAUUUGUGAAUAUUUUCUUUGCUAUGGAAGAAUGUAAUGUUAUGCAAACUUUUCUGCAUGUUGAUUUGAUAUUCCAAAAGUGAAAAAUGCAAGCAUUACCAAUUAGGCACUA